UCCUAGAAAGCUAAAAAUCGAGGCGGGGCCGAGAGGCUGCGGCGGCUGACUAGGUUUUCGGACUGCGGCGUGGCGGGGAAGAGAGACUGCGGCGGGAGGGCCCGGCCGGGGGAGAGACGCGGGAGAGUGCGGGUCGCAGAGGCACUUGCCCACCCCGCCCUAGGCCGACCGGGCGGACGCGCGUCUGGUGCGCGGGCGCUGGGGAGGGUCCCAGGUCUCCCCGCUGCGCUGCCUGAGGCUCGGCCAUGGCCCAGCAGAGAGCCCUGCCUCAGAGCAAGGAGACGCUGCUGCAGUCCUACAACAAGCGGCUGAAGGACGACAUUAAGUCCAUCAUGGACAACUUCACCGAGAUCAUCAAGACCGCCAAGAUUGAGGACGAGACGCAGGUGUCCCGGGCCACUCAGGGUGAACAGGACAAUUACGAGAUGCAUGUGCGAGCCGCCAACAUCGUCCGAGCCGGCGAGUCCCUGAUGAAGCUGGUGUCUGACCUCAAGCAGUUCCUGAUCCUCAAUGACUUCCCCUCCGUGAACGAGGCCAUCGACCAGCGCAACCAGCAGCUGCGUGCACUGCAGGAGGAGUGCGACCGGAAGCUCAUCACGCUGCGAGAUGAGAUCUCCAUUGACCUCUACGAGCUGGAGGAGGAGUAUUACUCGUCCAGCUCAAGCCUUUGCGAAGCUAAUGAUCUGCCUCUGUGCGAAGCUUACGGGAGGCUGGACCUCGACACAGACUCUGCUGAUGGCCUCUCGGCCCCUCUGCUGGCGUCCCCGGAGCCCAGUGCUGGCCCCCUACAGGUGGCCACCCCUGCCCACUCCCAUGCUGGUGGCCCUGGCCCCACUGAGCACGCCUGAGCCUCUGGGGCCACCCUCCGUUCUCAGGAGCAAAACCUGAGGCUGCCCUCUGGAUGCCCUCACAGCCUUGCUUCUCUCAGCCUAGGUUCCCAUUUGGGGACUUCAGGACCCCAGAGCCACUAGGACUUCCUUGGGAAGCUCAUUAACCCAGGGUGGGUCCAGCCAGGACAGUAGGAAAACAGUUGUUUCCCUAGCCAUUUCCGAACAGCCCAUCAUUCCGAGUCAUCAUCUCUGUUUGCUGCCUUCCUGGCCAGCCAGGUGGAAGAAAGUUUCCAAGCUAGGUCUGGCCUGUUGGGGAUCUCAGCAGUGGGGCAGGAGGGUGCCUGAUUUCGGGGAGUCCUGACCUGAGCCCGUUGUCAGAGUUGGGAGGGGCUCUGAGCAGUGUUGGGCAGGCUGGGUCUCCCAUCCCGAGGUCAGGGUUCCUGUGCAGAGCCCCACCCACUGGUUCUUGCCCUGAGCCGCAUAUGUCUGUGCCAUGGGCUGAGUGCCACAACAGGCCCGUGUGACAGCUGCUGCCCACGCGUGUGGAAGCUAGGUGGGACUCAUUCCUAAUUCUGCCUUUGUAAUGAGACUUGAUUAAAAUACUGCCACUCUUUUGCA